CCAUCCCAUCCAUUCCUUAUCCUCCCACCCCUAUUUUCUCCAUGCUAAAUCUAACCGUUCGAGCUCCAGCGGAGCGUCUUAUCUUAUGUUCGAAUAAUGCUACCUUCCAGAAAGUCAUUUCUGGCGGAUGAGGAGCUUGGGAAGAAGGAUGACGACCAUCGGUUGCGGCCAGGCCGCUCUCAACAAUGGCGUUCAAAGCAGUGGAAGCCGCCUCGGCCACGACGGUUAUUGAUAGGCCUUGUGGCUUUGUAUUUGUUAUACCUAUUCUUCAAGAAUAUGCCAACCGACCUUCGCCCGGCUCCGGAACGGUUUAACCCAGCAUUUGCUCAGGCGCGACAAGCCGCAUUGCAAUUACAACAGCAGCAGCUUCAAUCACCAUCGCUCACCGAUACCCAGCAGGGCCCCCCCGAUCGAGACGAGAGCGAUGCAGGGUCUAAGAAUGAAUAUUAUUAUGACGGGAAGAUUAACUUCUACUCUCUAGCCAAGUCGCUGCAUCGGUUCCAAGGUCAAUCCUCGCGCUACAAAAAGCCUACAAACCAUGUCGUAAUCUUCGCUGCGGCAAGCUUGAGAAGCGUAUCGGAUCUUCUUCCUCUCGCUUGCCAAAUGGCUAACCGGAGGGUCAAUGAGGUACAUUUUGCGUUAACGGGACGGGACGAUGUGUCAAUCGAAGGGAUUCAACGAGUAAAUGGUCUAGAUGACGCGAGCUGCCCGGUCAACUGGCAUGAUGCUCGGCCAGACUAUGCACAGUGGUCAACGGAUUCUCGUAUGGAGAGAGCGGUGGUGGCGGGUCUCGCCUACGUUCGCGCCUACCUUCUUCCUCGAGUGAUCCUAACACAAAGUGAAUCCUGGGAGGACCCUUUUCUCUGGCGGGGUAUUCGAAGUGGGGUACAGGAAACUGGUAUUGCUCAUGUUGCUCUCCCUAGCGCUACAAGGGAUCUCAUGUGGAUGUCCACGUUGGACAGUAGCGCCCUCCAAGCCUGGAACGACGUUCAAGUCGAAUUCCUCAUCCAUGCUCCUUCUGAGUCCUCCGGAUCUCUGAUCAGAUUGAUCCGGACAUUGCAAAACGCAGACUAUCUUGGAGGGACACCUAGUCUGACUAUCGAACUGCCCCCUCGUGUAGAUUCAGAGCUUCUUCGCUUUCUACGGUCAAUGACUUGGCCAUCUCAUGCUUCUGGGAAAGUCACUCUCCGCCGACAAAUCCAACCACAUGAUAUGGAUUCUACCGAAGCCUCUUUGAAGACAGUCGAGGCAUUCUUUCCUAAGGACCCGACCCUGUCUCAUGUGCUUGUUCUUUCCCCGCAGACUGAGCUAGCACCCUCCUUCUAUCAUUACCUACUAUAUACCAUGCUGAGAUACAAACACUCGACUCGCGCAAACCAGCUGUCUACCAAGCUUGUCGGAAUUUCGCUCGAGCUUCCAUCCUCUCGUUUGACUAACAACGAAGCAUUGACACCACCAGAGCUUGAUAAUAAUCAAAUGUCCAGCUUGGGUGAUGGCGAGUCAUUGCCUCUAUUUCUCUGGCAGGCUCCCAACAGCAACGCAGCGUUAUAUUUUGGCGAUAAAUGGGUCGAGUUUCAUGAGUUCCUAUCAAACCGUUUCGCUAUCCAGGAGGGUGCAGACCAGACUCCACCCCAGGAAAAGAUCAUUUCGAAGAAAUAUCCAGCCGUGAUGGAAUAUUUACUGGAGUUCAUCAGAGGCAAAGGAUACUACAUGAUUUACCCAUCAUUUCCUGCCAAGGGAACUUUCACCCUUGCUACAGUGCACAGCGAAUUAUAUCAUGUCCCCGAAGAGUUCGCCGAGGAAAGCUCGUCAACCUCUCCUGAACCGUCGCCAGAAGUGAUAGACGAUCCGUCCAAGCCUCUGACGCCAGAUUCUAUUGAAGGUCUGGGGGUUGUUGAGAAGCCAUUGAGUCGCGCCUCAACAUUGAUGCCCCUUCUUGAACGAUUCUCCUUGAAUCUACCUAGGAUUGAUUAUAUGCCACUUUUGUCCUAUGGCGGUGAAAAGCUCUCAAGCUCUACUUAUACCCGUGGCCUUGAUGAUUAUAGAAGCUGGUUCCGCGCUCGAUAUGGAGGAUGCUCUGAUGGGAGCUCCGGCAGCCAAACGACUUCGGGGAGCUUGUUUUGUUUUGACGGAUGAUUUUGACCGCAAGUGGAGAUUGUGGGCCUGGGUAUCAGAGUGUGUUCUAUACCCUAUGUAGUCAUUAUUUAGUGUUCCAACAAUUUAUGAAAAUGUACC